UCAACCAUGCAGCUGGCGCAUCAACUGUUGGGCAGCGCGAUCCCAAUGUUCGUAAACGUUGUGAUCUUGUUCUACGUUUGUCAACGCUUUUUAGCAGCGACGAGAUUGCGACGCAAGAUCAUGACGGAGAUGAGGGAGUUCACCACGAUCGUUCGCAGAGCACGCGAUAACGUCCAAUACAUCGGCGAACAGGUGGCCAAAGGAAUGGACGAGAUCAAAGAAGACGUGGGGAAGGAACUGCGAGUUACCGAUCGGUUGACCACGCAGAGUUCGAAAUUGGCCGCGGUGCUGCAACGAUUUACCGCCCUUGAAGAGAACGUGAUCGAGAUGCUGCGUAUGGAACGAAACAGGGAGAGCGUGAGGAUCGAGACGCCGGUGGACGUGAGAGAAGAGAUCAAGAGGAUCCUUGCGAUGGUUGAGAAAAAAGAAAAGAAGGAAAAAGGAGAGUGGGAAAAGCAAGAAGAGAAAGCCGAAUGGUCGGAGGGAUCGAAGUUGAGGGACGGCGGCAAAGCGGAAGCCGACGGUCGCUCUAGUUUCCCGGGUCGAAUCACUCAGCGGAAUCCUCUAUCGAAAUUUUCGGCGUGCGGUCCUCGAGAAAUCGGUACCGCUUCCCGGAGAACGAUCGACGGCCGGUCUCGAACUUCCACGAUGCCUGAGGUUCGACUUCUCGGAGAACAUGCGAAAUAG